AUGGCGGCGACAGAGCCAGAGCCAAAGCCAGAGCCAAAGACAUACGCCCCAGUGACCACGCAACCCGGCCUCAUUUCACGUAUUCUCACCAACACCUCCGUCCUCACCCGCCGCAAUUCUCAAAGGGCAUACGAUGAUUCAGACGAAGAUGAACACGUCAGUAUGGCUUCCGACUGGAAGAUGAUGCCCGAGCUCAGGAUGGUCCAGCGCCAGGGCGAGAAGGAUGAGGUAAAAGGGCGAAAAUUAGGAGUCACGUGGAAAAACCUGACAAUCAAAGGCAUUGGUGCUGAUGCGGCCAUCAAUGAAAAUGUGGGAUCCCAGUUCAAUAUUCCACGGGCCAUCAUGGAAGCCCGAGGUGGCGCGCCGCUGAAAACAAUUCUUGAGAACUCUCAUGGCUGUGUCAAACCAGGAGAGAUGCUCUUGGUUCUCGGUCGCCCUGGAGCCGGCUGCACCAGUCUAUUGAAGGUAUUGGCCAACAGGAGGGAAGGAUAUGCGGAAAUCACAGGCGAUGUACAUUGGGGAACCAUGAAUCCAAAAGACGCAGCCCAGUAUCGAGGACAGAUCGUCAUGAACACAGAAGAAGAGCUGUUCUUUCCUACACUCACGGUUGGACAAACGAUCGAUUUUGCGACUGCUCUCAAAAUUCCAUUCAACCUACCCUCAGACAAAGCGACCCCGGAAGAGUUCCAAAAAGAGAAUGUUGACUUCUUAUUGAAAUCCUUGGGCAUCCCUCAUACGCGUGACACAAAAGUUGGAAAUGAAUUUGUACGUGGAGUUUCUGGCGGAGAACGUAAACGCGUUUCGAUUUUAGAGACUCUAGCAACUCGGGCGAGCGUUUUCUGUUGGGACAAUAGUACGAGAGGUUUGGAUGCUAGCACAGCCCUGGAAUACACCAAAGCGGUUCGAGCCAUUACAGACAUAUUCGGUCUCGCAUCAAUCGUCACACUCUACCAGGCUGGAAACGGGAUCUACAACCUAUUCGACAAAGCCUUGGUAAUCGACGAAGGCAAACAAAUUUACUAUGGUCCCCUGAAGCAAGCUCGUCCAUUUAUGGAGGAUUUAGGCUUCUAUUGUGAUGAUGGAGCGAAUGUCGCUGAUUACCUCACUGGAGUCACGGUCCCAUCUGAGAGGAGGAUUCGCGAAGGGGUCGAGAGCUUCCCACGGACAGCCGAUGAGAUUCGAGCGGCGUAUGAGAAAUCCAGCAUCAAAAAUGAAAUGGAAGCGGAAUACGAUUAUCCCACUUCAGAAGAAGCGAUAUCCCGGACUGAAGACUUCCGGAUUAGUGUUCAUCACGAGAAAGCUAAAAGCCUGCCAAAGAUAUCUCCAUAUACGGUUUCGUUUGGGCGCCAGAUCGAUGCUUGUGUCCGGCGCCAGUAUCAGAUCCUCUGGGGUGACAAGGCUAGCUUGAUCAUCAAGCAAACCUCCGUCCUUGCCCAGGCCCUCAUCGCUGGAUCACUCUUUUACAAUGCGCCUGCUAAUUCUGGUGGUAUCUUUGUCAAAUCUGGAGCACUGUUCUUGGCUCUAUUGUUCAACAGUCUCAUGGCUAUGUCCGAAGUCACAGAGUCUUUCUCCGGUCGUCCUGUUCUCGCAAAGCACAAGAAUUUCGCCCUCUUCCAUCCCGCCGCCUUUUGUCUUGCGCAGGUUGCAGCUGAUAUCCCGGUACUCUUGUUCCAGAUCACACCUUUCUCUAUUGUAUUAUACUUUAUGGUUGGAUUGAAACACGAUGCUGGUACCUUCUUCACCUUUUGGAUCUUCUUAUUUGCAACAUCAAUGUGCAUGACAGCUUUAUUUCGGUCUAUUGGUGCUGGAUUUACGACUUUUGAUGGCGCCAGUAAGGUGUCAGGGUUCCUAGUCUCGGCUUUCAUUAUGUAUACUGGAUACAUGAUUCAAAAACCCGCAAUGCAUCCCUGGUUUGUCUGGAUCUAUUGGAUUGAUCCUCUAGCUUAUGGCUUUUCCGGAAUUCUUGCCAACGAAUUCAAGGACGCUAUAAUUCCUUGCAUCGGAACAAAUUUAGUCCCCAACGGUCCUCAGUAUGGUGAUCUUCUCUAUUCAGCUUGCGCUGGGGUUGGAGGAGCUCGACCUGGCGCCACUAGCGUUACGGGAGCUGAGUAUCUUGCCUCGUUAUCUUACUCCGCGUCAAAUAUCUGGCGUAACUUUGGCAUUGUUUGGGCUUUCUGGGUUCUUUUUGUUGCAAUCACAAUCGUCUCGACAACUCACUGGAAGGCCCAGGGUGGAAAGAGCGGGGUUCUCCUUAUUCCCCGUGAAAAGGCCAAGAAGAACAUCCAACAUCUUGUUGCCGACGAAGAAUCCCAAUCUAAGGCGCAAGUUGAUCAAGAAAAGAAGGUCGCGGGCUCAGGUACCUCUUCUUCCGACGAGAUAACGGUCACCGGUCAACAAUUGGUUCGGAAUACCUCAGUGUUCACCUGGAGAAACCUGUCAUAUACGGUUAAAACACCCUCUGGAGACAGAACUCUCUUAGAUGAUGUUCAUGGAUGGGUCAAACCUGGACAAUUGGGUGCUUUAAUGGGGUCGUCUGGAGCUGGAAAAACCACACUUCUAGACGUUUUAGCUCAGCGUAAAACAGAUGGUACGAUCAAAGGAUCAAUUCUUGUGGAUGGGCGGCCUCUCACUGUGAGCUUUCAACGCUCAGCUGGUUAUUGUGAGCAACUGGAUGUUCACGAACCUUUGGCAACUGUUCGGGAAGCACUCGAAUUCUCCGCCCUCCUUCGUCAGUCUCGAACAACUCCCCGAGAGGAGAAGCUCAAAUAUGUCGACAGCAUAGUCAAUCUUUUAGAAAUGCACGACAUAGAGAAUACCCUUAUCGGAACUACCGGCUCUGGUCUUUCCGUUGAGCAAAGGAAGCGGUUAACUAUUGGAGUGGAACUUGUGUCAAAACCCAGCAUUCUAAUCUUCUUGGACGAGCCUACCUCCGGACUUGACGGACAAGCAGCUUUCAAUAUUGUUCGUUUUUUGAGAAAAUUGGCAGAUGUUGGACAAGCAGUUUUGGUAACUAUUCAUCAACCGUCCGCUCAGCUAUUCCUUCAGUUUGACAGUCUCCUGCUAUUGGCCCGGGGCGGCAAGACUGUUUACUUUGGCGAUAUAGGCCCUAGUGCUGCCACUCUCAAGGAAUACUUCGCUCGCUAUGACGCUCCUUGCCCUAAAGAUGCCAAUCCCGCUGAGCAUAUGAUUGAUGUUGUUUCUGGCUCUCACUCGCAAGCAAAAGACUGGAACAAAGUCUGGCUUGCUUCGCCCGAGUACAAGCGAUCUAUCGAAGAAUUGGAGCAUAUAACUAGCGACGCCGCCUCAAAACCACCUGGAACGGUCGAUGAUGGCUUUGAGUUCGCCAUGCCGCUCUGGCAACAGACGAAGAUUGUGACACAUCGCAUGAAUGUCUCGGUUUGGAGAAACACUGACUACAUCAACAAUAAACUAGCACUUCAUGUUGGAUCUGCUCUCUUCAACGGCUUCUCUUUCUGGAAGAUCGGCCACAGCGUUGCAGAUUUACAACUACGCCUCUUUACGGUCUUCAAUUUCAUCUUCGUAGCCCCAGGAGUCAUCGCUCAAUUGCAGCCACUCUUCAUCGACCGACGAGAUAUUUACGAAGCAAGAGAGAAGAAGUCAAAGAUGUAUUCUUGGAUCGCUUUUGUCACUGGCCUCAUUAUCUCCGAGCUGCCCUACCUGUGUGUUUGCGCAGUGCUCUACUUCGUUUGCUGGUACUAUACCGUUGGGUUCCCUACCGAUUCCAAUAAAGCCGGUGCCACGCUCUUUGUUAUGAUUAUGUACGAGUUCGUCUAUACGGGUAUAGGCCAGUUUAUUGCAGCAUAUGCUCCGAAUGCUGUGUUCGCUACUCUUGCCAAUCCUCUGGUUAUCGGGACCUUGGUUUCCUUCUGUGGUGUUCUUGUUCCGUAUGCACAGAUUACGGCCUUUUGGCGUUACUGGAUUUAUUGGAUGAAUCCUUUCAACUACCUCAUGGGAUCCCUCCUCACAUUCACAACUUUCUCCGCUCCAGUCUACUGCGCCGAGUCGGAAUUUGCGAUCUUCAACCCCCCUCUCAAUCAAACCUGCGGUGUCUACUUGGCAGAUUAUAUGAGUGGUAUAGGCGCUCGUACAAACCUCACGAAUCCUAACGAUAGAUCUCAGUGCAAGGUUUGCGAAUAUCGGACUGGAUCCGAUUAUCUCUCGAGCCUAAACCUGGUCGACUAUUAUUACGGAUGGAGAGAUGCGGGGAUCGUGGUGUUAUUUGCGUUCACCGGUUAUGCCAUGGUGUAUCUGUUGAUGAAGUUGAGGACGAAGCAGUCCAAGAGGGCUGAAUAA